AUGGGUUCAUGCUUCUCAUCUGACGCUACUGAUUAUAACUCCGAUCCUUCUACUGCCAAAGUCAUCUCUGUUAAUGGAAAUCUCCGUGAGUAUCCCAUACCCGUUACAGUAUCACAGGUUCUCGAAAUCGAGUCCUCUUCCUGCUUCCUCUCCAAUUCCGACUCCCUCUUUUUCGACGACUACAUUCCGGCCCUUGAUUCCUUCGAAGAACUUAAGGCAGGUCAGAUCUACUUCGUCCUCCCCACCAGUCGCCUACAGUAUCGCCUCUCUGCUCCCGAUAUGGCCGCCCUCGCUGUGAAAGCCAGCACCGCACUCUCUCAGAGUUUGACGAAAAAAAGUCGACGGAAUGCGAAGAUAAAAAUAUCUCCGGUUUUGGAAGUCAAAAAUAAGAACCAGAUAUUGGGGAUUAAUGGUGGGUUUGAUGGAUAUUAUGAGUAUGAUGGAUUUAAAACUUCCGAUGGCAGUAAGUCCAGAAUCGGGGUUUCAAGAUCUGCUGGUAGCAUUACGAAAUUGCAGAGAAGUUCUUCCAGACGAUCUAAAUUCGCUAUUCAAUCGUUUCGAAUGAGGUUGAGCACCAUUUACGAAGGAUCGAUAGUCGAUUAA